AAUACAUGUAGUUCAAUGUAGUUAAAGUAAUUACGUAUUUAACACAUGUGUUUAUCAGGAAGUUAUUUUCGACGAAAUAUUGUCCAUCCAUCCAUUUUAACAAGAAGUUAUAACAAACGAUGAAACUUUAAAAAGGACAAGCAAUUAUGUAAUAUUUGUGUUUGUUUUUGAUUUUAUUCGAGAUCAAGUACAACCAAAUCGAUGGAGAUUAACAGUUCAAAUGUGAAUCAAAGCGGGAUCGACCAACAUGAUUUGUCCGGAUCGUAUGUUGCCAUCUCUGUGCUUUGUUUUCUGAUGGCGGCAGUUAUCAUCUCCCUAAACGGUCUUGUGAUCUUCAUCUUGGCCCGACAGAAAGGAAACAACAGGCUCCACUUUUUCAUAUUCCAUCUUGCCAUUGCUGAUCUUUGUGUCGGCUUAGUAAGCGUUCUUGGUGAAGGGGUUUUCAGCGGUAUUCUGAGAGGAGAAUGGUUCAUGGGUGACGUCAUGUGUCGCACCUGGCGCUAUUCUACGGUUGUGGUCCUAAUUGUGUCAAACAAUCUUCUGAUUGGAAUGAGCGUGGACCGCUAUCUGGCUGUACGAUAUCCGCUUAGGGCAAUUACUGGAGAGUACCGCCCAUACAAAGCCAUAAUUAUCUGCUCAUGGGUAAUGGCCCUUCUGAUUCCUGUGUGGACGUUUCCGUACACGGGCGCUGUCCUUUACGAAACUACAUACUACUGUGGCGUAACUAUCACAACAGACCUUGGAUGGAAGCUUUAUGUUGGGUUCACACUGCUGCUCGUGUUCUUCAUUCCAUUUCUCGCUGUCUCUGUCUGCUACAUUUGCAUCACGGUUGUCGUCUGGGAGCACUGGAGGAAAAGCAGAAAUCUCACCGAAAUGAACUAUAUACUGGAAGGUAAACAUAUGAUUGUUGCAUCGAACAAAGGUAUCAAAGACUAUUGUCUGUAA